AUGAAUCAAGCUGAAGAUGUCGAGGUCAUCCUCGGUCGUGAACGCCGUUACAAAUUCCACUCCGGUACACUCGCGAGGAGCUCCACGCUCUUCGCUGACAUGUUGACCGAACCCAAUGCCGCGAAGCUCAACAGCCGCGCGAGGAACGCCGGAAUCAAGGUUCGCUGGAUGAUUGAGCUCACUCGCUUGCCGUGUAGCCAGUAUCCGGCUGGAUGCCUUGAGCUCGUGGAUCUCGCACCAACAGGCGAGCGCGCCGAUGGUCGCUCCGGCAUGGUCGUCAAUGAAAAUGGGCGCAUCCCCAAAGCACUCAAGGCGUACGCCCACUAUGAAGCCGUGUUGUACGCCUUCUACGGUAAGGAGCUGGUCAUCGACGACGAGAAUAUGUCCGCUGCUCUGUCAGACUGUUUCCAGCUGCUCGUGGUUUCCGACUACCUUGGAUGCACCGGCCUAGUCAGGAAACCCAUCGAAGUCGCCUUGUUCAAGCAUGGGCAAGGCUUGUUUCGUGCCAUCCAGGGUGCGCCCUGUAGGUGGGUGGAAUUAGCUUACCGGAUCAGGAGUGAGUUGAUAUUCAAAGAGUGUAUGAUCCAUCUUGUGGGCAACUGGAAAAAAAUCAAAGAAAAUAAGUCGGUAGACAUACUACUCCACACCGUCCCGGGUCUACGCGACUUGAUCGAAAAGUACCACCGUGUCCUAGUCGCAAAAUGCAAACAGCUUGAGGACGGCUUCACGUCGUACUACCCCCCCAGGAUGAGACUUCCUGUCGACGACCUCCCUAUCAAGCGCGAAGCCUACGCCAAAGACAUACUCAUAUGGAUGGCGCUGUCAUUCUUCCGGCAAUGGAUCGCCCAGCACCUCAACAUGGAAGAGGGUCGUCAUAGCCAGGAUUGUGGAUACGGACUGUACAAGCAGAUUGGAACCGCCGGCGAGUCCUAUAUGGACAAAUCUAUCAUCAACCAAUUCCACACACAUUUCCCCAUGACGAAAAAGGCAAUGAACGUGCUGGAAAACCAUCUCUUGGAGAUCAAGGAGUGCAUGAAAUCCAUUGUCAACCAGCACGCUAUCCUCAAGUCCAACUGUCAGUUGGAUGUCAAUCGGUUUCCCGUCAAGUAUUUGACGUGCACGGCUUUUCAACGUAAGGACUAUCCAUGGCUGAACGCCGAGGUGCCGGCGAAAGUCGUGCCGGCGAAGCGCGAUUACAAGCCCGGUGGCAACGAGAUUGCACGUCAGACUUUGGAUACGGCGAGGAUGUUCCAGGACCAAAGUUUGAGUGUGGAGGCCUCGGAGGAAAGGGAGGAGGAUUUUGAGGAGAGCGAUACGGAGGAUGUUCCUACGACUUCGAGAACUAAGCGUACCAGGAUCGGCUAG